AUGGGAAAGAAGAAGGUUCUCGUCAGCUAUGGUGUUGACAUUGACGCUGUUGCUGGUUGGCUUGGUCUCUGGGCUGGGACGAUAGGAACCCAACGCCUGCUGAAGCUCUUCGACAAAUACGGGAUCAAAGCAACAUGGUUCAUCCCAGGUCACUCUCUUGAUACUUUUCCCGAAGACUGCGCCGCCGUGCGGGAUGCGGGCCACGAAAUCGGGCUCCACGGUUACUCACAUGAAAACCCUGCCGACAUGACCUUCGAGCAACAGCGCGACGUUCUCGAUAAGACCUAUAAGCAACUCACUGCUUUCUGUCAUGGCAAACCUCCACGCGGUUCUGUAGCUCCAUGGUGGGAAACUUCGAAGGAAGGCACGGAGCUUCUCCUCAGCUACGGCAUCGAAUAUGAUCACUCCAUGUCGCAUGAAGACCAUCGCUGCUAUUGGUUGCGUACGGGCGAUGAGUGGACGAAAAUAGAUUACAGCAAGAAAGCAGUAGACUGGAUGAAGCCCCUUACCAAGGGGCAAGAGACUGGACUGGUGGAGAUACCGGGGAGCUGGUAUAUCGACGAUUUGCCGCCGAUGAUGUUCAUGAAGAAGAGUGCAAACAGCCACGGAUGGGUGAAUCCAAGGGACGUGGAGCAAAUAUGGAUGGACCACUUCGACUACUUUUAUCGCGAGUACGACGAAUUCGUCUUUCCCAUGACAAUUCAUCCCGAUGUUAGUGGAAGGCCACAUGUCGUGCUUAUGCAUGAGAGAAUUAUCGAGCAUAUCAACAAACAUGAGGGUGUUGAGUGGGUGACAAUGGAACAGAUGGCGGACGACUUUAAGAAGAACAACAAGGUGCCGGAGAACGCGAUGAUGCCGUCGCCGCGUGGUGAGAUUCUCAAGCUACAGAAGGAAGGGAAGGCGUAUUCACUACUCGAUUACGAUGGACCAAUGCCUCAAUAG